AGCUUGCGAUAACAUCGCUGGCUAACAUCAGAGAAUGUCUUAUGACAUUGAGUGGAGACUUCUAUCAAGUUAUAAAGAGCCAUUCCAUAGAGUUUAAUAAGUUCUUACAUUUCCGUACUUGGAUUUACGUUCCGAAUGUUUGUACGUUGAAUUUCUAUCAUUUGAAUAAACUGUUAUGAUAAAAGGAUAAAGUGCUCUCAGGUAGCCAUUCCACAGGAACCACCUGUACAGCAGCACUGUGUUCCUCCCCAAACACCGCGCCAUGCCAGGGCAGCAGCUCUCCAGCGAGGUCUUCUCCGCCCUCACUGCCGCUCCCCCCUGGAGUCCGGGCCCCCUUCAGCCCCUCCGCUUCCGGACCCGGAGAGAACCCGUGGACUGGCGCCGCCUGGGCGCCCUGGACGUGGACCGCGUGGCCCGCGAAAUGGACGUGGCCGUCCUGCAGGAGCACAUCAACGCCGUCACGUUCUGCGACGUGGAGGCCGAGCGCUGCCCCCACUGCCGCGGCCCCGUGGACCCCGCGCUGCUCAAGGUCCUGCGCAUGUCCCAGCUCAGCACCGAGUACCUGCUGCACUGCCAGGACUACCUGAGCGCCCAGCUGACCGGGCUGGAGGAGCGCCUGCAGGGGGCGCUCUCUCAGCUGGAGCAGGAGGGGAAGGAGCGGGCCCGGCUGGAUGCAGAGCUGCAGGCGGUGCGCCAGGAGAGUCGGCGCAGGAAGAAGAUGAUCGCCACGCAACAGCUCCUCCUGCAGGCUGGCGCCAGCAACUACCACAAAUGCCACUGCUGUGAGAAGUCCUUCAUCAAUUAUUCCUAUCUGCAGGCCCACUUGCAGCGGCGACAUCCUGAGGUCACAGAUGCAGAGAGGCAGAAGCGGAGGCAGGUGGAGCAGAUGGAGGAUGGGAUUGAGGAGCUGAGGGAAAGGCUGAGGCUGACUCAGUCCAAACUGGAGGCGGAGAGGGAGGCAGAGGCCCUGAGGAAGCAGCAGGAGCUGGAGCAGCAACAAAAGAAAGAGGCCAGUGAGAGGCAGGAGCUGGAGAGCUGGAAAGAAGAGGAAAGGAGGAAGUUUCAGCAGGAGAUUGGUGACCUGAAACAGCUCCUCCUGCAGGAAUUUAAAGACAUAUCCAACCAGGGUUCUUCCAUCGAGGCAAAACUCCAGGAGCUUCAAGCCAGGCCAGUGGCCGUUUCGAACCUCGGGACGCUGCGUGACGAGGAAGAGCAGGAUGACAGGGAGGCCCGGGAGAGAGAGCUGAGGCGGGAGAGCGAGCUGAGGGGAGAGCGAGAGCUGAGGCGAGACAACGAGCUGAUGGGGAAGAUCGCCCAGCAGAAAAGCAAGUGGAAGAGGAGGCUCCAUGACAUCCACAGUGGGCACCUGUUAGAGAAGCAGGAACUGCAGAAUGAGAACGAGAGGCUGAGAAUGGCCUUGUCCUCAGACCAGAAGACAGCCCUACAGAGCUUGCAGCAGCAAAUCAGCUCCCUGGCUGCACAGAUGAAGCGCAAGGACAAGAUCAUUCAGUCACAGGAGGAGAAGAUCAAGAAACUGUCUACGAGACCUGUAGCAGCUUCUCCAGUUAUCCCAGAUGAAGAAUCGUCAGAACUGGAAGAGCAGGAAGACCUGGGGGAUUCGGGGGACAGGACACAGAAAUCCAGCCUCUCGCGCUCCUUCAGGCCCAUCCUGGAAGGAAAGCUGGAGGAUAGGCUUGAGAGCAUGGGGCUGAGAAAGGGGACAAAGGGAAUCUCAAAGCAGACCUUCAGGAGUCUGAGCUCUUUAGUGACGGGACAGAGGCAGCAGAAGGCACGGCAGUUCUCGGACCUGCUGGGCCUCAGAGAGACGCUGACCCAGGAGGUGACCCACAGAGUUCGCCGCCAGUGGAGGAGUCAGGGCUCCCCCUUACCCACCGUCAGCACCAACCGGAGGACACCUGUCAGUCCUAAGCAACAGAAAAGCCCAAAGGCCAGGAGCCCUACUGUGAAGGCCCCAGCCAAACAGGUGCAAUCCCAGGCUCCACAGCCAGCCCCAAGGUCCACAGUACCGCUCCAGGCCCCUCGAACCCGUCCACAGAGGAACAGCACUCCUCCCUUCAGCUCAGAGGAAGACUCGACCAGGGACGCCGCCCCCAUUAGCAGUCCCAGGAGCAAAUCCAUGCCCUCGGUGCGGGUGGUCCAGUCGGGGGUCAAGCAGAACCUCGCCGCGGACGCUGGAGAUGACUGGUCAGACUCCGAGCCAUCAGAGGGCCCCGUCAGCAACAGAACGCCAAAGUCACAAGGUUCUGUGGUCCAGUCACUGACGAGAAGCCUGGAAAGACAGCUCAGUUCCCCCAGGACCAAGCCAGUGGGUGGGACGAGAGUGAUGCCACCGGCAACCGCCUCGUCCCACAGACCCAGACCCGUAGUGCAGCUGUCUGAUGAGGACAGUGACCUGGAUCUGUCUUCUAUUGAAGACAUCUCCCCGCAGGCGGCGGUUGGCCGCGCCCCGAGGACGCGCGGGAGUGCGGACUCGGCUGGGUCCCCAGGGACCAGCGUGUGGAGCUCGUCAGCCAGCAGGGGAGGGGGCUGGUGAGGGCUUCAGACCCCUCACCGUAUGCAUACUGUACUGUUAAAUGCGGACAUGUACGAUGACAUAAUCAUAGGUAGAAGAAUAGAAACAAUGAAAGACAGGGAAUUGGAACUAUGGUUGCUGGACAACAGCUAAGUGCCUUCCAAAUGCAAUUUAUAAUUCAUAAAUAUAUUAAACAGUCGUAGCAGCAGUGUUUGGAUGGGCCGUACAGUCUGGGAACCUGGCUGUGCCAGUACUGACGGUGGUUGAUAAUUUACACAUAAUUUUCAGUAGCAUCACCCAGGAUUAGGGAGGGUUCAGUCAGCCGGGAUACAAGCCUCUUUGCUCUCUAGUGACCCCCGCAAGUCAAUCGGGCUCCUUAAAGCUACACUUCCUUUAGCUCAUUUCUGUACAAACUUGGCUUGUGAGCUGUGGUGUGAAAAGAAGCAGCUGGUCACAUUAAAUGCUUUGGUGGAAACCAUUUUCUACAGUACAUGCUCCCAUAUUGGCUGCAGAGAUUACAGAAUGACUGUGGUUUCAUAGUUUUGGGCAUUUCAGGUUGGAGGAAAAUUGGGGUGCAUUAAACCAUUAAAAAAGAGAGAGGAAAAAAACUUGGUUGGCAUUUUGAGAGACGACUUGUCAGUUUAUCAUGUAACCCUUCCCUGGAUGUAAUGAAAAUGGCUAAGUCUGAAAAGUGCUGGUGCAUAAAUAUGAAAGCACAACCCCUGCAUUCAGUGCCAUUCACCCCUGCAUACCACCAAUCCAGCUUUAGGGGAAAAAUCACUUGUAAUACGUUGUACUUGUACUUUUAUGUGAGCUUUUUAGUUUUUCUCAGUGUAAAAAAUAUGUUCAAUAGCACUCAUCCAAUAUCACUUGGAUUACUUGACAGGUUGAUUGAAUCCAAGACUUUGCUUGAAUCUAGGAUAAAUCUUGGUGCAUAAUUUCCAGAAGAAUUUUGAUCAGACCUUUUUUUACCAUGUUUUUCUAUGUGCAGUCCUCACAUUGGUUUGUGGGGAUUUGUUUGAUAAUGUAGACACUAGUUUUGCAUUUUUUUUUUAAUUUGAUAAAUUAAAAGUAACACCUUUACUACUAAGUACAUUUUUCAGAAUGUAUGUAGUGUGUCAAUAUAGUCCAGAGUACAAGGAUGAAUGUAAGCAAUAGUUUAAUAAUAAUGUAUUUUAUUAUUUCGGCCAAGCAUUUCUAUUUAUGACUAAUGAACGUUUUUAACGUUAGUUCUGGUGAAAUUUUAUCUAAAAUAAUUUUGUGAUGAAAUUAUAAAAUAUUUAUUUUUUAUAUGGGUAUUAUGAAAGAUUUUAACCAACUAUGUUGCUCAGUCCCCUGCUAAGCAAGGACAACAUAGAACUGAAAAUAUGAAAUAUGAUUAUUCACUGUGUUUUGGUAUAAGGACUGGUUUGUGCAAUGUUUCUGAAAUCAUAUUAAUAUAAAUUAAAUGUAUGUUGUUUUGAAAACAUUUUCUCCACCAUGUGUCAAACUAUGUGUUUGUUGUUUUCAUAUGAAUUUAAAUAAAAUCGAUUAACACCAAGAGAGAAGAUAUUGCUGGUGUUUGCUGAUUAUUAUAUUGAGGACUGCUUGUUUUUUUAUUUAGUUAAGGUCAGUAAGAAUGAAUUGAAAUAAAAUCGAUUAACACCAAGAGAGAAGAUAUUGCUGGUGUUCACUGAUUAUUAUAUUGAGGACUGCUUGUUUUUUAAUUUAGUUAAGGUCAGUACACAAUAAAUACAAACAAAAUGACAACUGAAUGUUAGUAAGUGACAUAGCAUUUGUAACAUGAAUAUAUCUGCGGUAGUUCAGUGCCUGAACGUCUAUUGUUUUAGCACAAUGGUUGCAACUGGUCGGGCAGAAUUUUUCCACCAGUGCAUCUCCGAUGUGUUCUGACUAAUUUCAAACAUAGGCCUGUUGCAUCUGCCACAACCCCCAAUUUGGAGAGAACGCAAUAGUUUGGAUUUAUGUCACAGCUGGGGACAAUUGGUGCAGCUGAGACAAGCAGCUCGUUGG